AAAGCUCUCCAACAGCAGUCUCAGAAGAUGAGCCAGGUGAACUGGAUGGAUUGGAAGUUUCAGGGGAAGCACUCACACGAGCAGAAACACUACAAGACACCUUCCUUUCUUUCUUCAGACCCAUAGCCUCAGGCGGUUACAUUCCCAAUUCAGUGGUGAAAGACAUCCACAAUAUGGAGCAGCUGGCAAAGGAGAAGGGCAGACUAGACAUAACAGAAAAGGAGAAGAAGGAGAAGAUGAAGCCUCUCCUCAGAUAUUACAACAGGAUUACGACGACCUGUCCCUCUGAACACACCGAACACUCUAAAACCAACGAGGACAUAUUAGCACAUAGCAAGCGCGCAAGAAUGCAGGAUUCACAGCAGCAAAUGGACGCCGAUGACCCUGUGAAGUUGAUGGAACUCUUUUUCACAAUGUUGGAGGAUUUAGACACGGCGUCUGAGGAAGAAUACAAGAAGAUCAUUCUCAAGCUGUAUUGGCUCCUCACAAUAAUGGAAGAGCAUGGAUUCGCUAAAGAUGUGGUGGAGGCGUUGAGACAGAAGCUUCUUGCUCAUGUCAAUGAUUCUUCAGUCCAGUGGCGGCAGCUUGAAAGCUUGCGCGGUCUACGCACGCUCUGCUCUCUGCAGAGAGAAGACAUAAGUAUGGUGGCCAAGUUGUUGGUAAACCCUUCUGGAGACCUGCGUUCCUUUGCCCACUUAAUCUCGAAUGCAGAAUUCAAUGUUUUUGACAAACAAGGACUGAGAAAGAAAUUACGACAAUUCACGAGCCAAAAGGAAGUGGAAGCAUUGCUUGCCCAACUUAGCAAUGACCUUCAUCUGCUGAUUGAACAAUAUAAUGAUGUUGCAACAUCAAGCUCCAUAACACACACCGAGACAUCAAAAACCACAGCAUCAGGUUUGGUAGAUGCUGAGAAAAACAUGGCCUCUACCACCUCAGUGUCAGCGAUGACUGAGAGCACAGAAGUCCAGGGCGGAAUACCCAAAAAGAAAGGUAAAAAGUUUGAUGGCUUCAAUGUUCUGGGAAAAAGGGAGGACACGGAGAAGGACAAUAAACACGAUCAAAUGCCGACCACAGAGGUCGCCGGGAGUAGCAGGAUGAUACACCCUGCCAGCCUCAAGCACAGAGGAAGCAAAGCUGUGCCUGCUCACAAAGAGCGUGCGGCUAACUGGGCAGGCAUGGCUGCGGGUAAACCCCGCUCCCCUCCGGAUAAACCGCUGCUACACGCAUUCAGGCAGGCGUACAAACUAGACUCGGACAUGUUCCAUCUCGGGGGAUUAGCUACGCGCGAUUACGAGUCGCGGCUCCUGCCUGAUGACUCGGGAUUUAUGUCCAUGAAGCGAGAGGUCUCAUCUCGUCGACGACCCCCUGCUGCUGGUAAAAGGGGCGCCCUCAUACCAAUUGGCAAGCCCAAGAAAGUCUUGGCUACAGCCGGCAAUUUGACACGCCAGCAUACUUCCCACCUGCCGCAGUCCAGCUCCCAACACUCUCAGCGUCACUUAGACCCUGCUCAACAAGAUGUCACUUCCCAGACUCAUGUUGACACGACAUUGAAGGAUAGUCGCAACACCGACGACCAUUAUGACGGGACCUCACGGCAGUCCCACACUGACCACCAUUAUGAUGACGAGCAUCCCAGUGAUGCCAAACGUAAUUUUGACCUCACUAAGCAACAGCGUUCCAGCCGUGACCCCACCUCCCAUUAUGAUCUCAGUAAACUGCAUCCCCGCCCCUCCAGCCACCUUUAUGACCCAAGUGAACAGCAUCUCCAUGAAUCCACACACCAUUAUGACCUCACACAGCAUCCCCGUGACCCCACCCACCAUUAUGACUUCAAUAAACAGCAUCCCAGUGACCCCACCCACCAUUAUGACAUCAGUAAGCAGCAUCCCCGUGACCCCACCCACCAUUAUGACUUAAAUAAGCAGCAUGCCCGUGACCCCACCCACUAUUAUGACCUCACAAAGCUGCAUCACCAGGACGGCAGCCGUCAAUAUGACCUCACUAACCAGUCUCCCCUUCACCACCAACACCAUUACAAUAGUGACUCCCAGCCAACUCCCUGGUCCUAUACCGACUGCCAGUUCUAUGUACAAUUCCUGCAACGUUUGAGCAGGGAAGACCAGGAUGACUUCACCCCCCAGCACCGUUACCACACGGAGCGCCAUUAUGACACACCCUCCCGACAGAGUCCCAGCAGCACUGUGCAGCCAAUUGACAUCAACUCCCAGCAUUCCCAUGAGUCCAGGCAGAAGGGUAACCCUAUCUUGCUGCAGCUUAACAAGGACACCCUGCCCUCUGGCACCAAUCCCAACCGUCUUCCUAGCACUGGUGCAGGAACCUGGAACAGGGAACAGUAUCCCAGAGGCCCUCUCCGUCCUCCUGGGCACGUUGGCCAAGAGUAUCCACAGAGGACUACCGGUACUCAGCAUGGUCCCACACUUCCUCCUCCUUACAAUGAACUCCCGGCUACAGACCAACAGGGUAAAGGGCGGGAGCAGGGAGAUGUCCACUGGAGAGAGAGCCUGCAUCAGCUCAUCUCCCUCCACGGCUUCCGCUCCCACAAAGCAGCAAAGGCUGUCGCCUCGAUGAAUGCGCAACCACCGCAGGCGCAGGCGCAGACGCAGGCGCGCGUCAAGACGAUUCUACCGCCGCUUCGCUACAGCAGACACGUUGGCGCGCCAGGGGACCGAGUGCUGAGGGACGUGCAGCUGCUGACGGAGGGAGGUGGGGCUUCCCCCUUGAGGUUUCAAAACGAAAUCCCUGUGCCCUGGCGCCUCAGCCACGUCCCCCUCAGACCUCAGGGUCAGGUGAGGUACGGGAAGCUGAAGAUGGACUGGGUGAGGAGCGAGCCAGGGAAGAAGAGCGAGGCGGCGAGGCUCACCCUGCCAAAAAUUGAUCUCAAGCAGCGCUCCCUCUUUCAGGGUUAGGAAAAGAGAAGGAUUUAUUUAUUUAUUAUUUUGUUUGUUUGUUUGGAUAGUUUCAUUCAUCAUUGUUUGAAAAUAAAGGGAUGUAUUCCUUCACAUUGAAGUACAAGAAACAGCUCUUUCUACUGCUGGCAGUGAGGAACACUGAGAAGACAAGUAAUGAUCAAUCUACUUGCAACGAUCUUCUUUCACCACACCAAUGAUGACAAAUAAAGAACCCGAUACUCUUGGAUAAAAAAAACAAA